UAGCCGUGACGUCAUUACAGCGCAGCCUGGCUAACGAGAACGCUUAAGCUAUUAGCAUUAUUUGAUAAAUAUAUGUGUACAGCUGUGGUUAUUUAUACCGUGAAGAAUGUCUGGAAGUGCAGGAGAGUGGUGUUUGAUGGAGAGUGACCCUGGGGUGUUUACAGAGCUCAUAAAGGGUUUCGGUUGCAGAGGAGCCCAGGUUGAAGAGAUCUGGAGUAUGGAGCCAGAGAACUUUGAGAACUUGAAGCCAGUUCACGGGUUGAUUUUUCUCUUCAAGUGGCAGCCGGGGGAAGAGCCAGCAGGAUCAAUUGUCCAGGAUUCAAGGCUUGACGACAUUUUCUUUGCCAAACAGGUCAUAAACAACGCUUGUGCCACCCAGGCGAUCGUCAGUGUUCUGCUCAACUGUGCUCAUCCCGACGUGCUGCUCGGAGACACACUGACAGAGUUUAGCGAGUUUUCACAGAGUUUUGAUGCAGCUAUGAAAGGUUUGGCUCUCAGCAACUCCGAAGUGAUUCGACAAGUUCACAACAGCUUUGCGAGACAGCAGAUGUUUGAAUUUGAUGCAAAGUCAACAGCAAAGGAUGAAGAUGCGUUCCACUUUGUAAGCUACGUUCCUGUAGACGGCAGACUCUACGAGCUGGACGGACUUCGAGAAGGACCAAUUGAUUUGGGCGCGUGCAACCAGGAUGACUGGAUCAAUGCAGUUCGCCCCGUGAUCGAGAAGAGAAUACAGAAGUACAGCGAAGGAGAGAUCCGGUUCAACCUGAUGGCUAUAGUGUCCGACAGAAAGAUGAUUUAUGAGAAGAAGAUAGCGGAGCUUCAGACUCAGCUGACUGAGGAUGAGCCAAUGGACACAGACCAAAACAGCACAUUUCUCAGCUCCAUCCAGUCAGAGAUUGCAAAGUACCAGCUUCUUAUUGAAGAGGAAAAUCAGAAACUUAAAAGAUAUAAGAUUGAAAAUAUCCGACGAAAGCACAACUACCUUCCUUUUAUCAUGGAGCUACUGAAGACACUGGCUGAAUACCAGCAGUUAGUCCCUUUGGUAGAAAAGGCAAAAGAGAAACAAAGCGCCAAAAAAGCUCAGGAAGCCAAGUAAGCAUCAGAGAAGCCUGUGAUCUCACACGCACCGACCCAACAUGCAUCCAGAACCCCACAGUCACGUUUUCACCAGUGAGCCGUGUCAUUUUCCUGCGAGCGACUCUGGAAGCUCUGCAGUUCCCUGAGACUGGCUUCCUGUGAACCGUUCAUACAGAAAACAGCAGCUGUAGCUGUUGGCACAGAGACUGCCGGGCAUGAUACCGUCUUCACGUUUGUUCAUCGUCUCUAACGCACGAGUGAAGGAAAGAUGUGGUCAAACUUUGUUCCGUCUUAUUUUCAUAAUAAAAUGUUUAGAUGUUUGU